GAAACCGCGUGGUGGAAGCUUCGCGAAAGCGCGCGGUGGAAGCUUCGCGAAAGCGCGCAAUAGUAACCAUUCUGAACGAGACCCGUCGAUGUGCGAGUAGUGCAGUAACGAUUAGUUUUCGAUGUAUAUCGAACGUGUCGUGUGUGUGGUGUGUGGUGUGUGUGUGUGUUUCGCUAAGAAACAAUCGCCUUUUAGUUUCAAUGAGAUUUCGCGCACUUUAAUUCACCAAUCUCCUUUUUUCCGUUAUUAAAAUAUUAAUAAUGUUCGGGGUAUAAAUCGCUCGCUCUGCGAGCACCCGAUCGCCAGAAGUGCCCACGUUGACGGUAAGACGAAUUAUUACGAGACUUGGUGAAGUUCCUGACGAGUGAGGGAGGAACGAAAAUAUGCGUACCGUCGGCUAAACUCGUUUUGCGCGCACGCGUUCUUAUGUGCGAAAACGAUUCUCAUUUGUUAAGAAGUUAAUUGUUUGUUUCGUAUCGUGCCUGUGAGCUGACGCCCGUAUCGCGUUCGUGAUUGAGUAGCUGUUUCGCGGCAAGAUCUCCAUCGUUCGCGCGCAAGAUCUGCGACGUGUUUCGUCGGACGCGAUUCAAGAUUUCCGUCGCGAAACUACAUCAUCUAACGUGCAAGAGCAAGAUAUUCGCUCGCCUGAACGUCGAUCGAUUCGUAGUAUCUAGCUAUUUUGUCCAGCACGUGCUGAAGCGGGAUUAAAUAUGGACUUUUUGAUGGAAUUUUUGGCGUAUUGCAUUCGGUUGAAAAACCGAAUAAUAAAGUACCUCGAACAAAUAUGCCGUCCAUAUAACGAAGAAGAAGAGUGGUAUCCAGAUGAUGAUCCGUAUAGCAUGCAACUUCAGGUGUUUCCCUCGACAUCUCGACAACAUCAAAUCCCUAUUAACAUGCGAAUGGCACAUGUGACCACACAAGUAAUAUUGACCACGCAAGAACAACAAGAACAAAAACAAGAAGAAAACCAAGAACAAAAACGAAAAGAAGAACAAAAAGACGAAGAAAACCAAGAACAAGAACGAAAAGAGGAACAAAAACAAGAAGGAGAAACGGAACACAUUUCAAAGCAAUCUGAAGAACCGCUCGAGGAACGCAAUACCAUCUUUGAGCGGCCACUAGAAACAUUAUUCGUCAAAGAAAACAGGCCACGUUUUAAGCGAUGCAAAGUCAAAAUAACUUCCAAACAUCCCAAGUUCCCCUCCCUACCGCAUUGGGCACAGGUUUACGUGUUAGCCUCGGAAAGGAGGGAAGAGUUUACACAUCGGACGCUGAAACAAGGUGGCGAAACAGGGCGGCCUUGCCGUUAGCCCGGAAGCCUUGUCCCGGAGUCGAUUUAGAGCCUCUCAUCUACGAGCAACAAUAGAGGAAAGAGAAGCCAGGGCAGAGGGACAGAGCAAAAUGGAAAAGAAGCACAUGACAAUUAGCCAGAAAGAAAGGAAGAAACUACGGCAAAUGAGGAAGACAGCUGAUAAAAAUCAGAAAAUGGAUGUAACAGAUUAUAGAAAUGUCUUGUUUUAAUAUGUCUUUUUCACUUUUUCGAUCUAUUUAGAAAUAUCUCAAAAUUACUGUGAUUGUAAUUGUGAUUAUAAUUGUAAGAUAAUCUUGAUGGAAGCAUUUUAUUCCAAACAGUACAAGA